CCAACCUGCACGACUUCCGAUUUAGCAUUCUGGCCUUCUUGCCGCCUUUUCUCCUUCCACCGGACCUGCUCUUGCUCUUCCAUUGACUCAACUCGGUCGCGCGAUUUGCCCGCAACCUUCGGCUUGCUCUUUACCGAGGCUUCAACUCGCUCCAUGCCCGCUUAAGAAACCGCUCUCCCUCACCUUCCUCGCUCACCAUGCUGCUCCGAUCAACCUGCUCCCGCACUGCUCAACCGUUGAGCUGCAUCUCGCGGACUCGCCCCUCCGCAAUCAUGCCUCUUCGCGCCCGCAUCAACAACCAAUCCUUCUCCGACAUGCCCUCAGAGCAACCUGGCGACGAACCCAACGAUGUCCUAUUCAAAUCACACUACGGUGUUCGCACAAUCGAAUUGAACCGCCCGAAGAAGCUCAACUCUUUGAACGGUUCCAUGGCCCGUAAGAUUCUACCACGUUUGAGGGAAUGGGAAAAGUCACAACUCGCGAAUGUUAUCGUGCUCAAGGGCAAUGGUAGAGCGUUAUGCGCUGGUGGUGACGUCGCUGCUCUGGCCAAGGACAACAAAUCAGGCCCCGAAGGUCAACAGCGCUCCAAGGACUACUUCGAACUCGAAUACAAGCUCGACCACACCAUUGCGACUUACUCCAAGCCCUACGUCGCUUUCAUGGAUGGCAUUACCAUGGGCGGUGGUGUUGGUCUCAGUGUUCACGCUCCUUUCCGUAUCGCUACCGAGAAUACCGUCUUUGCCAUGCCCGAGACUACUAUUGGCUUCUUCCCCGACGUUGGCGCCAGCUUCUUCUUACCUCGCAUGGAUGGCAGCGUAGGCACAUACCUUGCUCUCACAAGUGCACAGAUCAAGGGCGUCAACGUCUUCCUUGCAGGCAUCGCUACCCACUACCUCGACAGCAGUUCACUUCCUGACCUCGAGGCCCGUCUUGCCGAGCUUAACUUUGGUGACGAUGUCUCAUACAAUACGCGUCUGAGCAUCAUCAACGACACCAUUGAGGAAUUCACCACUGGCAUGCCCCACGACGUACCGCAGCAUUUCUCGACCAAUGUCCGCAUUGCGAUCGACUACUGUUUCCAGGAAGUCUUCAACAUUGAUCAGAUCAUGGAGGCCCUGCAGGGAUCAGAGGAGCGCGAAGACAGUCCACCCGACGUUAAGAAAUGGGCCGCAGAGACUCGCGCCACCAUUGCGCAGCGUAGUCCUACCAGCGUCAAGGUUGCUCUUUCUCAAUUGAGAAGAGGUGCACAAUGGAACAUCGCUCAGACUUUCCAGAACGAGCACAACAUCGCAUCCAAAUUUAUGGAACACCCUGACUUCGUCGAGGGUGUCUCGGCACGACUGAUCCACAAGCCCGCUCAGACUCCAAAGUGGUCAAAGACUAGCUUUGACGAUGUAUCUGAGAGCGAGGUCAACUCCUUCUUUGCCGACGAGCUCAAGCUUCAGCUUCCCAACACUGGCGGUGACUCGAAUUAUUCCGACUAUCCUCAUGCCUGGACCGGAUUGCCGCGGCAAAAAGAGAUCGAGACCUUUGUCAAGAGUAGUCCGCGUUCCGAUUUCCAGGGCGUCAUUGAUCACUUCGUGAGGACGAGAGGCGGAAAGAUGGGUGUAAGAGAGAAGGUUGAUGAAGUAUUGACCAGAAAGACAAGCCCGGCCGACAACAAGAGAGGCUUUGUAUGGAACGAUUAAUAAAUCUUGUAAAUUUACUAUUUCUUCACAUCUACCCACCUCCGUCUUGAAUCUCGACUCUUACGGCCUAUACUUGUUAGUGGUUAACAAUCGAGACCUUGCAGGUGAACUCUCCGCGGAUGCGACGGCCGCUUUCGUGAAACGGCUCGAUAAGGACUGCGAAAACCUCAGCAACACCCGAACAGAUGAUGAUAUAUAUGACAAGCAGCUAG